GGUUGAUUGACGUGCUGUCAUUUUUUUUCUAUGCUCAAGGGCUUGAUUUGAUUUCUGUUUAGUGCUUUAAAAAAACGAUAGCUUCCACAUAGACAGGAUUAUCCGAGCCUAGGUGAUUGUGGAGUGAAUCGCUGCCUAUGUAGCCACGAAUCCCUGGCUUGCUACGGUAGCUAUGGCAACUGCUAACCAUCGUGAGCAAGAUCCUGAAAGCAUCAGCUGCAACAGUGCGCAAUCGCCGAGUCGCAGCCCAGCAAAGAGGGCAACAUCAGCAGAACAGUUGUCGCUGAUUGUAAGCACUAACAAACACACCAAAGCUCUCGGAUUGAAGAGCUUGUUAGCAGAAAAAGUUCGGGGCGUAAAAGAAUUUGGACAUCGUUUAAAUAAACUAGGCAAGCAUCUGUCUGCGUCGGAUCAAUCGGAGCUAGCUAAUGGCCCUCGCCUUCUUUCUGUUUCUUCAAUCGAUCCUGAUUCUGAAGUGCCUCGCCUCGUCCGAACCAAUGCAUUUAAAGUUAAACAACGAAACUCAGUUACAUUGACGUCACCCCCAGUCACGCCGCAAUGCAGCAGUUCGAACCUCUUGCCUCGAUCUGCAGACGAACUGCAUCCCGAAUCUGAUUCUGAUCAGUCAGAGAUCUCUAAUUCUUCCUUUAGAACUAUAUUGAAUUUGGACGUAUUUGGGGCAAUUCCAGCAGAAAUCAGCAGCCCCAUUCCGGAUUUCGUAGAAAACUUCGCAAUAUCUGAACAGCGAGAACCUAAUAUUAUUAUUGUUAACUGUGACGGAGAUAGACAGAAAGCGGAUAGGAAUGAAGUUGAAGAUCGCAGCUGCGGAGACUCUAGUCAACCUGAAUCAUUCGCCACUUUGCCGUUGCCCUUGUUGCUAAUAAAUGAUGAAGUGGUGACCGCGGAGGAUCAAUCCCGUAUUAACAAAGAAGACUGGAAUGGCAACUUGGUGGAUGACAUUAGCGACUUAGGGGACUUCGAAAGUUGCAGUUCGUCCAUUCCAGAAGAUAAAUCCGGGAACGAACUAGAAGACUCGCCUUUUUUCAGAAAUCGGAGUAGUUCGGAAUCCGCCGUGAUGGGCAACAAAAGUAGCGUUAAUAAAGGCAAGGCACGGCUUAAUUUGAAUCCGCGGCUCGGAACCGAAACUCAGGAACUUCACCGAUCGCCGCAGGCUCUUACCCCAAAUGAGCUUUCGAACAACAGCGGCCCGUCGUCUACACCGCAAGUUCCAGCGGACACUGAAGAUCAACAAGAACAACAACAGAGCAUUCCAGCUCGUUCGUCAUCAGUUGUUAUUGAAAAAUCUACAACAUCAGAAACUCUUUUCGCUGAUGUAGACGAGCCCGAAGAAGCAGAAGAUCCUUCAAGUUACCAAGACGUCGUUCAUCAACAGACCUGGACCUGCGAAGAAAAUUUACUGAUUGUGUCCGAGACAUCGGAUAGUAUUAAUGUCCCCGAUCUUCCGUUGGACAGCAAUACCGGAACCGAAACAUGUAGUUUGAGAGACGUCUAUGACAUUGAAAAUGCUGGAACUCUUUCACUGUCAAGUGGUUUUGAACAACAAACAAGUGAUAAUAUUGGAUUGGAUGCUGAUACUUCGUCAUAUGCAACAGAGCUUUGUUCGAGGUCAAAUGAAAUAGUACAGCCACAAGUAAAGGACAAGUUCAAGCAAAUCGACAAGCAAUUUUCUACCACUCCAGAAAAGAGUGCAUGCCCUAUAACUUAUAAGCAACAUUUUACAAGAGGGCAACUUGACUAUCUUGCACUUGAAAUCCCCAAUCUGAUACUUCAUUGCACGGCUGCAAUAAAAUAUCAUAUUUUCUCAAUCUAUGCCAGAGAAAACAAAUCUGCAAGCACUUCAAAGAUUGGAAUUGAGAUGCCUGAUAUGAUCCAUCUUGGAGGUUCUUCAUCAGGGCAUAACAAUAGUGCUACCAGAUCUUCUAACAUGGCAAAUAAUGGGCAGCCAUUUACCCUUACAAGACAUAAAAAGGUAGAAAUUCCAGCCACUUCCAUCCUAAGUCACGCUCAAAAUGUGGCUAGACGAGAACCAAGCGAUCUUGGGAUUCCAUAUCCAUCAGCAGCAUCUGCAGAGAAAGAGUCCAAUGUAUUACGCAAGGUUGCAAGCCUCACCUAUGACUUGGCAAUGGAACAAAAGCAGCAAGUUGGUUCACCGAGAGGGCGAUCGUCUCUCGAAAGACAUGAUCUCAAUGCCCUAGAAAAUUUUGAAGGGCAAAUGCUGGUUUCAAACCUGCUAUCUUCUAUUGAUGAGGAUCAUUAUUUAAGACUUCUUAUUAGCAGCCAUGAUCUGCGACUUCUGAUGGGCCACUUUGUAAAUUAUUUAUUGAACAUUGGCAUUAUUUGUCCUUUGGAAGAUGGACAAAUAUGUGACAAAUUUAUGGUGGACCGAAUGUACAGAUGGUGCCGACCUGAUGUCAACAGCAAAGGAAUAACUCGGGCUAAAGAAGAUUACUUGCCGAUACAAGAACAUUUGGCAGCUUUCCAACAGGCGCGACAAGAGCAUGACGCGGAACUUAAACGAAUACAAGCUGAUUUUCGUAAUAAGAUGAAAGAAUUGGAGGAAACGAUUACUACCUUAAAGAAAGAGGUUUUAGUCCUCAAAAAUCGACCGACUCUUGAACCACCUCCAUAUGUUCCGCCGCCUAGUCCUUACUCUUCAGGCGCACCGCCGCCACCACCACCACCACCUCCAAUGGGAUUUUCUUCUCCGACAUAUGGCAGAAGACCAACAGGGGAUGUACCUCCGCCUCCCCCAUUACCAACUAGUUCCGGAUCUGUGCCUCCACCUCCUCCUUUACCUACAUUAUGUUCUGCUGGCCAAACGAAUUUUCCACCGCCACCGCCUCCGCCACCCCCGCCAUUUGCUUCAAAUGGUUUUGGAGGACCCCCGCCACCUCCGCCAAUGAUGGGUGGACCUCCACCACCUCCACCGAUGAUGGGGGGUCCUCCACCCCCUCCGCCACCUAUGAUGGGAGGACCUCCGCCACCUCCGCCGCCUCCAAUGGGGGGACCUCCACCACCUCCGCCUCCGAUGGGGGGACCUCCACCACCUCCGCCGAUGGGUGGACCUCCUCCUCCGCCACCUCCGAUAGGAGGGUCGGUUCCACCACCUCCCGGUCCCGGAGGACUCGCGUCUCCACCGUCACUUCCAGCUCCGCCGAGUGGUGGAUGGAAUUUCAACAAAACUGUUAUUCGAAAGAAUCCAGUCGAUCCUAAACUACCAAUGAAGCCUCUAUAUUGGACGAGAAUUUUAAUUCCAUUCCAACCACCACAAGCAGUGGCAGUAUCAAACGUAUCUGACGGCAACACAUCGCUGUGGGAUAGGCUGGAAGAGAUCGCCCCAGAUAACUGGGAUGAUUUUUCCGAUUUAUUUUCACGACAAGUUGUCGUUGCGAAGCCAGUGAAACCGAAGGCGGAGACGAAGCCAGUGAAACAGCAAAGUGUCAAAAUUUUGGAUAACAAACGGUCGCAAAUGGUCGGCAUUUUAAUAUCAAGUCGCCACUUAGAUGUCCAAGAGGUCGAAAGUGCUGUGUACAACCUAGAUACGUCCGUGAUUGAUCUUGAAACUCUUCAAAAGAUUUUUGAAUUAAGAGCUACGGAAGAUGAAUUAGCUACCAUGCGUCUAACAUUGGAACAGCAGCCAGAUGCUGUCAUGGACAAACCAGAAAAUUUCUUACUCGAAUUGGCUAAUAUUCCUAGCUUCUCAGAGCGGGUAGCAUGCUUCAUGUUUCAAAACAGCUUCUACGAAAUACUAGCAACUAUCACGAAUCCACUCAAUAACCUUAAGCUUAUCUGUGAAAAAUUGAUGACGAGCGUCGAAGUAUCCCGUGUCCUAGGCAUUAUUCUUGCUCUAGGAAACUACAUGAAUGGAGGUAACCGUCAGCGCGGACAAGCUGAUGGUUUUGCCAUAGACAUUCUUCCGAAAAUUAAAGAUGUAAAAAGCAAGGAUAAUACCUUGACUUUGAUAUUUUACGUUGUUAAAGUCUACAUUCAGAAAUUUGAUGAUAAAGCUGGAACAAGUGACGCCCGCAUGCCUCUGCCAGAACCAACAGACUUGGAUAAAGCUGGACAUUUAAAAUUUGAGGAGCUAGAAGCCAGUCUUAAACAGCUGAAUAGAGAAAUCCAAGGUGUGGAACAAAAAGCCAGUCAAGUAAUAGCAGCAUCGGAAGAAAUACAUUUAGAACCAUUCAAAGGGAAAAUGGAAUCUUUUUUUGUACAAGCAAAAAAAUCGCUUUCGGAAGAAGAAGAGAAUUUAAUAGAAUGCAAACAAAGAUUUGAAGCCGUAUUGAAAUAUUUCAAGUUUACGCCAAAAAAGAAUUCGGAGCUUGACCCAAAGGAUUUCUUUGGUUUGUGGUCAACGUUUGCCUCGGACUUUAAAGAUGUUUGGAAUCGCGAACAGCAACGAAUUUUCAAAGAAAAUUUGGAUAAAGCGAAACAAGUCGUCAAACAGAAGAAACUGCAAGCUAGCUCAAGUUAUGCGAAAUCAAAAGCUGACGAAGGCACAUUGAAAGCAAGACUACUAAGUCGAAAAAAGAAAUGAUGGCUGGAAUAUUAUAGAGGAUGCCUUUGCUGUCUCUUCUUUCGUCAGUUUAAGCUUUCUGUCCAUCAAUGGAUGAUACGCAUCACUAUAAUGUUACGAUUACUAACGAGUAUACGUGUCAUCCAUUGGUUGUUCAUAUCACUAUGGCAGCCUUUUAUGACCAGAGUCGAGGAGCAACCUUCCAUUUUUCUUAAUCUUCUAACGAGUAGACAUCCCGAUGUAAACUAUUGGCUUGUCAGUCGUUAUUCAUCCUCUCAAUCUUGUUACAGAUAGAAGUCGACCUACGACUUGUCAAUUGUUGUGCAUUCCGCGAGAAAUAUCAUCGUUAUACAAUAAUUUAUGUAGUUAAUUACUUGGACGCAUCUUAUGAAGCAUCUUUCACGACUAUAUAGGAUAAUAAAUAAUUCAUGACUUGAGAAAGAAAUUUAAAA